AGCAUGUACUCGUGUACUCUCAGCCCGUCCCAUUGUCAGCAAACGUGAAAUUAUUCGCACUAGAUUGAAGAAUGUUUUACCUGGGCUAAGUGAACAGAGAUAACCCAUCGGGUUGAUAUUGAAUGAAUUGGUAAAAAUUACAUGAGCCAGUUUUAUAAACGUUGAUAAAGACAGAUAGUGUUCAUUUAAAUAAGGGCAUAAAAUUGUGAAAGGAGUUACAGUAGUGUGUAUGUAAUUAACUCAAAUGACUAAAUUAUAUGUUUCGAAAAAGGAGCAUGGACCUAUGGUUUCGGGUAAUUGAGUUUUGCGGAUAAUAAAUAAUGUAAGUCUUCAGCCCUGCAGCAAAGUAGGAAAUUGAACUCUUGCAGUGGGCGUUUAAAAUUUUAACUUUUAUCUUGAAACAAUAAGUGAUUAUGAUUCAGACUUUCUGUGUCGUAAAAGAUUUUGGCCGAUUUUGAGUGCAUUCGUGGAUUACUUAAAAGCAUAGUGAAUAAAAAAAAAAAUUGCAAUUGUAUAUCCAGGCACUGAUGUUUACAUAGUGAAAUCGUAAUUGAUUUUUGUGGUGUUCUGUGUUUGAAAUGCGAUAUAUUUGAAUCUGCAUAAUUAGAGAGAAGCAUCUAAUUACAGACAUUUUUUGCGUAAAGCUAACAGUUUACAGUGGUGCAUUCUGGGAUGUGACAAAUGUUUUUCGGAAGUUGGAAAGGAUUGUCAAACAUCAUAAUUUUUUGAAAGGGAUAUUUUGAUUAAUUUGGACUUUAUUUCAACAGACAGAAGGAAGUCCAUUUCAGGUGGAUUUGAAAACAAUAAACUGCAGAAAAUGUGAAGAAGUAAAUGGAUUUUCUGAAACAUUUAGUUUCAUUGGGAAUACAACAACCAUAUAAAAAGAUUGUGUGGAGUCAAGAAAGCAAGCAUUGUUGUUGUGGUCUUAAUUAACAAAUGUAUUGAAAAAAAAAGAAGAAAAAAGGGAAAGUGAGAGGGUUGCUUAUUGCAGCAAUGUACAUACAUGAACAGUGAGAUUGGAUUUAUAGACAAAUAUUUUGCUGUCACUGCUUUCAAAAUAAGGGAUUUCCAGAAUGAGUGUAUAACAAUGGAUUAAAAAGUGAUCAUAACAGACAUUAACAUGUGAGAACAAAGAACAAAACAUCAAGAAAACCUGCUACCAUGACAAUAUUUAUAAAAACUUCAUGAGAGUUAUUUCCCCUGUCAAAAUGGAGAUGAGUUCAUUGAGUACAACACCAAACUAUAAGCCUCAAAACAGGGCAUUAGGUCGUCCAACAUCUAAAGACAAACGGGGCAGUAAAACAUACAGCUCAUCUGAGGACGAUUUCCAUUCGGAUGAUAAUCUGCGGCCAUACGAGGAAGUAAAGACAGCUCUUCAUGACAAAAAAUUAAACGCUUUAGACUCUGAUGACGGUGGUGGUUGCAAGCGGUUGUCAUGGUUUCUAUCAAAUGACCAGGAACAGGUCUACAACUAUCCAAAACAACUUCUCCUUAUCCCCUACAGUGAAGGAAUCACAACGGGAAAUGAGUACAUGAGCACUCCAAUAACCCCUCUGAUGGACAAAGCAACCAAUAAAAAUAUUCCGACACACAAAAAGCUGAAAGGUCGUACCCAUUCUGCAACUUCUACAUCAUCCAACGGUCGUUUAUACAGUUACGUUAGUGGGUCAGACGGCGAUGAGGAUGAGAACGACAACGACACAUCAUCAUCAAGUAAUCGGAGACGUCGGCAUUGGAGAAAGGGUUCUCCGCACAGUACGAUAUCCUCGUCCAAUGAAAUGGACACUUACAGAAUGAGAAACGAUCAAGUUUCACAUUUGUCACUGUCAGAAGAUUCAGAUGGUGAAAAUGGAACGCCGUCACGAUACUCCCAAACAGGAACAAUGCCAUUGCCCCCACCUAGUGCACCGCCCCCGCCCCCACCACCAAUUGAGGACAUUCCACAGAGAGGUCAGACCACACCUCAACACCAACAGUUGUGUAAACAUCAUCAGUUGUUACAGCAACAGAGAUCGUUACAGUUCGGACCACAAAUAAGGGGAAAUUACUCUGAUGUGGAAAAUAUUCGUAGAGGACUACCUAGUGAUAAUCAUGAGCAUCUGCGGAGGUUACAUUCAGACUCAGAAUGCAUGUGCGCGCACACACGAGGGGCUAAUCAUUAUUCAGAAGGGGAUAGUUGUGAAUAUGAACCCCAUUAUUUAGUGCAAACCCCAAAUGGAAGUGUAUUUAUUCCACAGUCACAAGUGCUUGGGCCAGAUGGGCAGCCAAGAUUUCCCCGUACGGUACCUCGAUCAGGGUCAAUUCCUUUAAUGAGGAACAAUGACCUACAGAGCCCUAAUGGUGGUGUUGUACGGCCCCUAGAACCUACCACAAUGCCAAGACAGUUUGCCGCACCCCCGGACCAACAACCCCAAAAUAUUGUGCUAAAUGAUAGAGUGCCAAAUGGAUCGUGUAAUCCCCAGAACCAUGAAUAUCAGGAGGCUUGGGACACGCAAAACUUUGUAUAUCCACACCAGUUCACGACGACCAGUCCCACAAUUCCUUUCUACCCGAGUGGCCAGCUGGCGCACUAUGACAAGUUUCACAGUACAAAGCAUGAGUGGAAGGAAAAGUUACGGGAGAGAUGUUCGUGGCGAUGUCUCGCAAUUAUUGUUCUAGUCUUAAUGUUGCUCAUAUCUCUUGGUGUCAUAGCUUAUUUAUUAAAAACAAGAUACGUGGAUGAUGCAGUAGAGGUUGACGCAGGUACGACGUCACGUGAUGGCGGAGGAGGAUACGGUAAUAACAGUACACCCUGUUCCCCGUCUUGUCUCGUCUAUCUUCAACAAAAAAAUGUAUCGUCUGUACCUAGUGGUAGUUUAGUGCAUGCAGCAGGAAGUACCCUGGCUCCGCCGUCUUUACCUAUAGCACAGUAUCAAGUUGGCGACAAAAUGGAACAAACAAUUCCACCAAAAGCUUUCUGGACAUCACAGUUCAAUCAGCCCGAUUCUAAGUUUGUGAAAAUUAAUUUGACGGUACCAGAUGAUGGCAUUUUUGGAAUUUACGGACGACGCGGUGCUUCUCCCUCCAUUGCUCAGUUUGAUUUCUUCGACAUCAUUGAUGGACGCACUCUUAGCUCGAGAGUUAAGCGAUCGCCUAAGACCCUGGAAACAGCGUUGAGCAAGUAUUUAGAAGCUGGUGUAUGGUUUAUUUCUGUGUACAAUGACCAGGAUGAUGCACAAACUGUUACACUGAAGACAGACUUUUACAAACCGGAGACUGGUUGUCCUGGUGAUUGUUUUCUCCAUGGAAGCUGUGUAGAUGGACAAUGUCAGUGUUUCCCAGGUUACACAGGAUGGGACUGCAAUCAGAAAACCUGCCCGUUGUUAUGCAGUGGAAAUGGGAUGUAUAUCAGAGGUCAGUGUCAGUGUCACACGGGUUGGAAAGGAAUUGAGUGCGACAUCCGGGAGAACGAGUGUGUCGUGCCAAAUUGUAAUGGAAAUGGAGUCUGCGUGGAUGGAAAAUGUGAAUGCCAUGAAGGGUUCAAAGGGGUGGAUUGCGGAAGUGUUGACUGCCUUAUGCCUAACUGCUCGGGUAAUGGGGUCUGUGCCCUUGGUGAGUGUGUAUGUUAUAAAGGGUUUAAGGGGACUGACUGCAGUAUCCCUGAUAAACUCAACAUUACACACUUGUGCACGAAAAAUUGCUCGGGUCACGGCAUAUACAAUGUAGAGGAGGGAAAAUGUGAAUGUGAAAGAUUUUUCACUGGGAAAGAUUGCGAUACAGAGAAAUGUCGGCUAGAAUGUUACCAUGGUUACUGUCAUAACCAGCGCUGUCUGUGUUAUGAUGGCUGGAGCGGGGCACUAUGUGACCAGUUGAAAUGUGACCCGAGAUGCGAUGGUGUCCGUGGUAAUUGUAACAACGGGACUUGUCAGUGUUUGAAAGGUUACAAUGGAAAGCAUUGCAGUCUGGACGGAUGCCCAAGCGACUGCAGUAAUAAUGGUGUGUGUACCCUGGGACUGCAGGGAUAUAGUUGUAAAUGUCGCCCAGGAUGGAAGGGCGAGGCUUGUGAUGUUUCCAUGGAGAUGCAGUGUAAAGAUCAUGUUGACAAUGAUGGAGAUGGACUGCGAGACUGUAUGGACCCAGACUGUUGUUCAAGCACAGAGUGUGAAGAUAAUCUGUAUUGUCGAGCAUCACCAGACCCCGCGGAAAUCUUGCUACGUAAACAGGCACCAUCUACAACUGCGUCUUUCUACGAGAAAAUGAAAUUCCUGGUGGAAGAGAAUAGUGUGCAAAUGGAUACAUCUAAGAAUGCUUUUAAUGAAAGUCAAGUGUCAGUUAUCAGAGGAAAAGUACAAUCUGUGGACAAGACGCCGCUGGUUGGUGUGCGUGUAGACAUUGAUAAACAACCUUUGUAUGGUUACACUCGUACCCGUGAACAUGGACUGUUUGACAUUUUGGUCAAUGGUGGUGGAUCAGUGACGUUGAAAUUCUCACGGCAACCGUUCCUGACUCGCACUGUCAGCGUUCUAGUACCCUGGAAUCAGAUCAUCACCAUGGAAACAGUUGUCAUGGCAUUGAUCGAGAGAGAUAUACUACUUCCUGACCCGAGCCUCUGCGGAGUGUCACAUGACCACUACAAACUACAGCCUGUUGUACUGUCCACAUGGCAACAUACACAACUUGGAUCCUGUCCAGAGAAAAGUACAAUCAUCCCUGAAUCCCAGGUUCUACAAGAGAGUAUAAGUAUCCCGGGAACCAGUGUGAACCUUGUGUACCACAGCAGUGAGACCCCCGGGUACCGGUCAGUGAUCAUGAUUCAGAUGACCACCAAGGACAUACCUCUAGCGUUAGCUGUCGUACAUCUCAGAGUGUCGGUGGAAGGCAUUCAGUUUGAGAAAACAUUUGAAGCUGACUCAGAACUGAAGUAUACAUAUGCUUGGGAUAGACGAAAUGCAUACAGACAGAAAGUUUAUGGAAUAGUACCAGUCAGGGUGAAUGUUGGUUACCAGUAUAGUGGGUGUGGUUAUAUUUUCUGGGAGACACGUAGCUCAACAAUGAGUGGCUUUGACCUUACCUCGUCUGAGAUAGGACGUUGGAACCUGGAUAUACAUCAUACAUACAACUUUCAGGAAGGCAUUCUACAUAAGGGAGAUGGUACAAAUAUCUACUUGAAAGAGAAACCAAAGAAAUUGAUCAGUAUCCUCGGCAGUGGACAGCGACGACGUGCAGAUUGUGAUGGUUGUAAUGGUCCUGCACGUGACAAUCGACUUCUUGCUCCUGUGGCACUGGCCAGCAGCAGGGAUGGUAGUUUAUAUGUGUGGGAUUAUAACUUCAUCCGGAAGUUGUCACCAAGCAGAGAAGAAAUUGCCAGCAUUUUACAGAUUAUGACAUAUACCUCCCAUAAGCCGUAUAUGACUGUGAGUCCAGUGGAUAGUAGACUGUACAUCUCUGAUUACAUGAAUAGGAGAAUUAUACAUGUAAAAACCAUGGGACCAGUCCGGGAACUUGAGGAUAACUUUGAGGUUGUGGCAGGGACUGGGGAUGAGUGUACUCCAGGGGAGAGAGACCUUUGCGGGGAUGGAAAACAGGCAUUGACAGCAAGAUUCUUACAUCCAAAGGGGAUUGCAAUAAAUAAGGACGGAGUGAUCUACAUCGCAGACGGAGCCAAUAUACGUAAGAUUGAUACCAAUAAGAUUAUCUCAACAGUGAUUGGUUCACAAGAUCAGCCAAAGGCAUGGAAACCAAUGUCAUGUGACGAGAGUAUGCCCGCUGACCAGGUGAGGUUGAACUGGCCUACAACACUGGCUAUUGACCCUCUGGACGAUACACUACAUAUUCUUGAUGAUAAUAUUGUACUGAAGCUCACCAAAGAUAACCGAGUUGUUACUGUUGCCGGGCGACCAAUAACUUGUCCACAGAAGGAUGUCAGCUUCUUACCGAUGGGUGUUUUAACUGAUGAUGAGCAGGCUUCUAGUAUCGCUGACCAUGUCAAACUUGUGCAGCCAGAGAGCUUGUCCUUUGGUCCGAAUGGAGAUUUGUAUAUCCUAGAGAGUGAUACACAUCAUAUCAAUAGAGUCCGAGUCGUCACCACUGACGGACGUAUUCAUCAUUUUGCUGGCACAAAAUCAAAAUGUGACUGUCAACAAAGUAACUGCAGAUGUUACGAUCCUACAGAAAAUUCUGCAGCACAAGCUUUAUUUGAAGAACUUACGUCCAUUACGGUAACUCCAGAUGGUAUCGUACAUUUCGCUGAUUCUGGUAAUCUGCGAGUAUUUUCUGUAAUCUCUGAACUUCCAACUCUAAACUGGCUUGGACAGUAUGAGGUUGUUUCCACAGAAACAAAAGAACUGUACAUAUUUAAUCGCUAUGGUCAGCAAAUACACACGGUCAACCUAAUGACUGACCAGUACAUGUACAAUUUUACAUAUAAUAUCAAUUCCUUUUACGGUAGACUGGUUGCAGUUACUGACAAUGCAGGAAAGAGUGUUCAGAUUGAAAGAGACUAUGACAGACAAGCAAAGGAAAUAAUUUCUCCAACUGGGGAGAAAAGUCGUCUGCAGACGGACAACAUGCAACGGUUGCAGAAAUUUCAUUCUCCUGAUAACACAAGCUUCACCUUCACCUAUGAUGCCACUUCAGGACUCCUGCAGAGUAAGAAGUUGUCCGACGGGAAAAUCUACAUGUAUACUUACGAUGAAAUGGGACGUCUGCUCAGUGCUAUCCAGCCAACAGGGGAGGUCACCCAUCUACACACCGACGUGAAUGCAACAGGUUCUAUUGUGCACGUGACUACAGAUAACAGUAACACAGUUGCUAUGGCAACCUAUGGCAGUGUACAGUCAGCUCUGCAUGGAGCCUCAGAAACAAAAGUUACAUAUCUCCCAGAUGGCGCUGUGGUUGUCGUGUUUCCUAGCAACCUCACUAUUGCUCUUGAAUCUGGAGGGAAUCCAGUUCUCGAGAAUCAACACCGAAUGCAUUUCAAGCGCAAACUUAUUGCUCCUAACAAGCUUGUUCACCGGCUGGAAUGGCGAUUUUUCCUGCGUCGUAAAGGUCGCCCGAAGGAGAGUGUUCAGAAACUGGGUCGUCGUAUGAGGGUAGGGGAGGUGUUUACGAGGCAUGAUAGCAUGCUUGACUCGCAUGAAGAGGGCGGAUACAAGGAGAAAGCCCUGUUGGUAAAUGGAGAGAACCUUCUAACCAUAGAGUAUGACAGGGAUACACAUACAGAGACCAUCCUCGAUAAAGAUCUGCACGAGAUUAUUACAACUGCAUUUGAUAAUUCUGGUCUCCCCACCCACUUCCUGCCUGCCAAGAACCAUCACUCUCUCAAUGUGACCUAUAAUGCUGGAGGGGAGAUAAUCCACUGGAAGUAUGGAGAUCUGGAGGAGCGGAGAAUAUUUGAGAGUGGCGUGCUGAAGGAAAGGACGGGAAACAACGGAGCGCAGUAUAGGUACAACUACAGAUAUGGUAAAAAGCCAACGGAUAUUCAUCUUCCGAGCGGUCUUCAGUAUUACCUACAAUACGAUGAGGAGGGGAAUCUCAUGAUGUUACGAACCCCUGGCCUUGGACGCCAUUACUUCUACAGGAUCAUGAUGGCAGGCUCACAGAGAUUCUUUUAUCAAGUUCCAGAUUUAGAUCUUCCGUAUAUAGAGGAUUAUAAUGGCGGAGGAAAACUUCAGCAGGUCAUAUUCCCAAGCGAGUAUCGUAAAGUGGUGUACAAGUACAAUCAUUUCUCACAGCCAACACUUGUCAUUUUUGGAGAUACGGAAAUUAAUUUUGAGUACGAUCCGAAUAUUUCAAUGAUUUCGUCAGCUGAGACGAAAGGUAGAGGGUAUAAGUUAUUGGAGACUUUUAGGUACGAUUCCUCGCUGAUCAGUACUUACACCAUAGAGUUCCCUGAUGACGUACGUCUGCUUGACGGAAAGUUUGACUACAUCUAUGACAAAAAUUUCCGGAUAAUGUCUGUUGAAGGGGUUUUUGCAAAGAAUAAAACAACAUCAAAUACGUACAGUUAUGAUGAUACAAAUGGCUUUUUGAAGAAAGUAAAGAAUUUGAAUAUACAGUGGCCAUUGGUCGAUCGUGAGAAGAUAUAUGACGAGCAUGUUGUAAUGAGUCGUGAACUUGAUAUGUAUGGACGAUUACAAAACACUCAAUAUGUCUUCCGUGAUAAUAUAAGAUUUAAACUUGGCAUCAGUUACGAUGAAAUGAACAGGAUUGGAAGUUGGAACAGGUUGAUCGGACAGACUGAUGCAUGCCAGUACAGCUAUACCUACGAUAUAGACGGGAACUUGAUUGAAGUGAGUCAGGAUGGGGUGACGAAAUGGCGAUAUGGUUAUGAUAAUAACGGUAAUAUAAACAGAAUUGAACAAAAUGGAUUAAAGUUUGAAAUGGCUUUUGAUGCUGGUGACAAAAUUAAAACUUUUGAUAAAAUGAGAUAUAAGUUUGACUUGGACGGUUUUAUGGUACAAAGGCACGAUGAAGAUUUGUUGUUUAACUCUUACGGUCAAAUGGUGUCUGUCACGAACUCUGGAUUGUUUAAAUUUUCAUACCAUUAUGAUCAUCAGAGUAGAAUCGUGUCGCAGGGGGAUCGUCUCGGAAACAUAAUGCAGUACUUUUAUGCGGAUGUCACAAGGAAACAUUUAGUUACUCACACAUAUAACCAUAGUAACCUGGAGAUGACACAGUACUUUUAUGAUUCAAAGGGAAAACUUAUUGCAUUUGAGAGACAAAACAAAUUGAAUUAUGUCGCGACUGAUCCCAUGGGCAGUCCAUUGGUUAUUUUCGAUGAAAAUGGUCUAAUUAUCAAACAGAUUAGCUACGACCCAUUAGGCAAGGUUAUAUCGGACUCCAAUCCAAAUUAUGAAUUCAGUUUUGGAUUCCAAGGCGGAUUAUUUAAUCCAACAACAAAACUGGUGCACUAUGGGAAGAGAGUGUAUGACACGAUGAUUGGACGAUACGUGAAUCCUGAUUAUAAUGCAAUGCUAAGGAAUCUGCGAUACCUUACGGAAGACCCCCUCAUGAUGAACAAUUAUCAUCACCGAUUCCUGGUCAACACACAUCUUCAGGAUAGACGAUUCCCUACAUUAGAUACUGCAGAAUGGCUGAAGCUGCUUGGAUUUGACCUUGACAGUAUGGCACCAAAUGUUGGAUAUGAUGGUACUGUACGACCACAACCUGAUGCCAUCAAUCACAAUCUCCUACCAACGUCGUCUGCUUUUGAAUGCACAUUCCAUCGAGAUAUGCUCAACAUGUUAUCAAUUUCAACCGUUCCACAGUCCAGAGUUUCCCCGAUCCAAAAAUUUGUGACAAUUGCACCAGCUCCAAAACAAGUCUUAUACAGCGAUUUACUUUUGACUUCAGUUAACAGCGAGGUUAUGACUGCCUAUUUAGAUAGUUCACCUGCAUGGUCAAAGAAAUUUAGUGCUUUUCUAAAUCAGUCUGAAAUUCUCGAUCUCCGAUACACGAUUCAUGGCCGAGAAGUGUUAUAUUUUGUUAAGCCUGACGCAUCAGUAGUAAAUGAUGAGCUGAAGGUACUUGGUAUCCAUGGAAAUGCAGUUACGUAUGAAAAUAAUAUCAAUGUAACUGUUAACAGACACUCACACCAAGAUGGGUAUAGGAUCCAUUCCUAUACAGAGACAGACGUCCGUUUCCAUGGAAAUUUUUCUGUGAUUAACAUUCGUUAUGGAAGUAACUUUGACCAUGAGAGACAAAGAGUUAUAAGACAUGCCAAAGAGCGUGCAGUCCAUCAUGCUUGGGCUCGAGAAAAGUGGUUAAUUCAGAAUAGUUUACCUACGUAUCACAGUUGGACAGAGCACGAGAAAACUGAUAUAGUGACUACAGGUUAUUCAGAUGGGUUUGAUAUUCAGUAUGAACGUGACCCGAACAAGUUUCCAAAUAUAGCAGAUGACUGUAACAAUGUUAAAUUUGUAAAAGUGAAAAGAUAGGAAAAUAUGCUGUGAAAACUGUUUGAAAACAAAACCAAAAGCACAAAUUGUGAUAUUUAUGAAUGAUAAAGGAGUCAUGCCAUUUAAGGCAUAAGUUUAAGCAAAAAUUCCAUGACUGUUUUCUGUCGGUUCUUGAUGUGCAUAGUUCAAACUGGUACCAGUGUUUUUGCAGAAACUGCAUUAAAAACCAGUCUGUAAAGUAUUGGUUCCUAGCUUCAUCCAUAUGGUGGUAUCAGUAUUUAUGUAUACACUAUCUAAGAAAUCUAUGAUAAGUUGAUUGCUGGCUGUAUAUAAAUUGAUACCAUAAAUUUUUAUACACAGACUGUACUCUAAAGGGAAUGUGUAAAGUUAUUCAGUGUGUAAGAAAUUAUGCGUAAAGAGGAGAUUUAAUGAACAGGUCUUCUACAAAGUCAAGACUUCAAACUGCUGAUAAAAGAGAUAGUGACUCUUCCGUUACUCCAAAGGGGGGUAAAAAAAUCAUUAAAAAAUCAAAAUGUACUGUACCAGGGGAUAUGAACAUGUACAGUGAUGAGAAUUAUUUGCCAGUGAGAUAAAAUUAGAAAAUAAGGUUUUGAAUGUUUCAUUGAUUGAAAUAGGAUUUCACAGUGAUAUUUAUAGUAAGAACUAUAAUUAGGCCACGAUUGUAAUGUAAUACUAUUAUGGUAUUUAAAUAUUGAAUUUUAUAGAAAAUAUUUCAUAUCUUGUUAUGAAAGUCCAUUGUAAAACAGGUCUAAUUUUACGUGGUAGAAGUACUUUGUGUACCAAGUAGAAAAAAAAGACAUUUAAAAUUCAUUAGUGAUAAUGCUACUGCAAUUUUACAAGUGAAUAUUAUUUUAACUACAGCCCAGUAUCGGGCUAGUAUCGGACUGAGUUUCCGGGGCAAAUUUGAGUUACAUAAAUCUAGUGUUAAAGGACCUUUUAUGGAAAAUACUUCUUUCGAUGAUUGAAACCCAUUUAUGAUGUACAUAUAUAUUACAGUGAAUAUAUAUGUUGCUAUGCUAUGUACAAGUAUUGUUAACUGUACAAAAUAGGGUACUUGAUGUACCAUGUAUAAAUCUUAGUGCUACACAAAUUGUUUCUUUUGUUCUAGUCAUUACUGAUGAAAAACAGUAUAUGCCAUGUAUAUGCCAUGUACCGUGUACAUGCUGUGUGUGUGUUGUGUACAUGCUGUGUAUAUACCAUAUAUAUGCCCUGAACAUGCUGUUAUAUGUAGUGUAUAUGCCAUGUACAUGAUGUGUAAAUGUUGUGUAGAUGCCAUGUUUAUGUCUUAAAAAACAUGAAUAUAAAGUGUAAAUAGUGUAUGUAUAUAUUGAACUAUAUAUUUCAUGACUGUGAUUUUCAGUUUUCGUUCCAAAGUACUGAAGACCUAACUAAGCUAGAAUUCUGCUUUUUGUAGCAGAGUUAAGUUGCUUUUUUCUAGUACCGGUAAGUACAUUUAAUACAUGUACAGUAUUAUAAUGAAGUCCCUUGUUUCUGUGAGAAGGGAAGUUAUUUUGAAUAAAGUCUUGGAAGUUACAACAGUCAGGUGAAAGUGGUAACAACUAGUCUAUUUUACUUUUUUAGAAUCGUAACUUCAUAGGCAGUUACGAAUAAAUAAACUGUUGAGGCUUGAGUCCGACAAUGCAAAAUUAAAGCAGAUAAAUUAUUAUAUUAUCUGUGACAUGUCACAGUAAAAGGUUUCAAGUAAAGUCCAUAAAAUAACUGUUUAUUCAUAUCUUUAAAAAUAUGAUACAUGGAUAGAAUAAAAUGUUUAAUCUUAUUUUAAAAAAUGGAUGCCAUAUUCUAGAACUAUAGUUACUUAACGGAUAAAUUUUAUAAUGGAUAAUUUUGAUGGGACAUAAAUGGAUCAACUUUUUAUAUCAUAGAAUGAAAGUUUUGGGAGGACAUUCAUUUUUAGCUCAUCUGAUUUUUUGAAAAAAAAUUAUGAGUUAUUGUCAUCACUUCAGCGGUUGUCGGCGUCGGCGUCUGCGUCGGCAUUGCCUGGUUAAGUUUUAUGUUUAGGUCAGCUUUUCUCCUAAACUAUCAAAGCUAUUGCUUUGAAACUUGGAAUACUUGUUCACCAUCAUAAGCUGACCCUGUAUAGCAAGAAACAUAACUCCAUCUUGCUUUUUGCAAGAUUUAUGGCCCCUUUUGUACUUAGAAAAUAUCAGAUUUCUUGGUUAAGUUUUAUGUUUAGGUCAACUUUUCUCCUAAACUAUCAAAGCUAUUGCUUUGAAACUUGGAAUACUUGUUCACCAUUAUAAGCAGACCCUGUACAUCAAGAAACAUAACUCCAUCUUGCUUUUUGCAAGAAUUAUUGCCCCUUUUGGACUUAGAAAAUCAGUUUUCUUGGUUAAGUUUUAUGUUUAGGUCAGCUUUUAUCCUAAACUAUCAAAGCUAUUGCUUUAAAACUUGCAACACUUGUUCACCAUCAGAAGCUGACCCUGUACAGCAAGAAACGUAACUCCAUCCUGCUUUUUGCAAGAUUUAUGGCCCCUUUUGGACUUAGAAAAUAUCAGAUUUCUUGGUUAAGUUUUAUGUUUAGGUCAACUUUUUCUCUUAAACUAUCAAAGCUAUUGCUUUGAAACUUGCAACACUUGUUCACCAUCAUAAGCUGACCCUGUACAGCAAGCAACAUAACUCCAUCCUGCUUUUUGCAAUAAUUAUUGCCCCUUUUGGACUUAGAAAAUCAUUUUCUUGGUUGAGUAUUAUGUUUAAGUCAACUUUUCUCAUAAACUAUCAAAGCUAUUGCUUUAAAACUUGCAACAGUUUUUCACCAUCAUAAGUGGACACUGUACAUCAAGAAACAUAACUCUAUCCUGCUUUUUGCAAGAAUGAUGGCCCUUUUUAGACUUAGAAAAUCAUGGGUAGGACAAUAUUUCUAUUAUACAAAAAAAAUCAGAUGAGCGUCAGCACCCGCAAGGCGGUGCUCUUGUUUUGCCUUUCUUGUUCAUUUAAAGAUGCUUUGGAAUAAUUUGCCAGUAUAUUGGUUACAGAUGGAAAUUUCAUUUCAUGAAUUCCUUCAUGAAUACCAUUCAUUGUACCUUUUACCGUGACAGGUCACCUUUGAUUGACCAAUAUAUGUAACAUUAAUUAUAUGCCUAUUUAUAUCAAUGAUAGAUCUAGUGUGCCAUUUGUGUGUUAAAUGUUCAAAAUGUUAGAUUUUCAAAGGAGAAAAUAUCGACAGUUGUAAUGUUCAAAUUUGUAUGUUCAAACAUUAUUGUUUAUGUUUAUGAACCAAAUAUUUAAAAAUCAAAACUGUUCCAUUGAUACAUUUCAUAGUAGUACAGAAGUAAUUGUUCAAUUUUCUUUAACAUAUUUUUUUCAUUCAUUCUAAACUUGUGUUCUGUUUAAUCCAUUAACUUUGUGUUUUUUGUUCAUUUAAAGAACUUUUGUGUUCGCUUUUUGUAUGUUCUCUUAAAAUCGUUGACUUGAGAAUGUGUGUCACUGAAAUCAUAUUCAGACAAGUUUUUAUCAUAAAUACAUAGAACUAUAUUAUGUAAGAUCGCAAUAAGUUUUAUCAUCAACUUCCAUUUUAUAAACGUCUUUUUUUCCCCCAUUUUGUUUGACACCAUUUUGUGUAUUUUAUGGUAGUUUAUAAGUGUUUAAAGCAUAGGAAAUUAUUUUUAACCCAUUUUUCCAACUUGGCUGUGCCAAAGAAAUUUUAUUUACUUCAUUUUUGUAAACUCUGAAUAUGUACUGGAAUUAUUUUUAAUCUCAAGAAUAAAGUCCUCCUUCUGCAUGAAAAGAAUAUCAUUCAAAAUUAUGGACUGUAUAAAGUUGUAUUUUAAUUUAUGGACUUCUUUUGAUUUUGUGUUAUCUGAAUUUCACCAAUAACAAACUCUUAUAAUACAAGGUGCGUUCUUUGAAGAAGCUUUAAAUACGUUCCUUGGAAGAGAUUUCAGGCCAAAGUUUGGUAAGGUAAAAUUUGUCACAAGAUAAAAACAGAACUGCUAACAAGUAUAGCCUACAAGUAUUUCUUAAUUUAACGGGAAAUGUCCUUUGAUCUCUGAAUCGAUUUGAAAUCCUUAAAACAUAUGCAGUAUUAGAUUGAAAUAUUUUGAUAAAAGCAUGACAUUGAUAGCAGUUGCCAUGUCAGUUGUCACAGAAGUUCUCACAAUGUUUGAAACUUAUCCCAGAAUUGUUACAAUUUGAUAGGGCUGAAUGUUUAAAAAUGUUUUUAAAACUCUGCAUUUUUGUGAAAUAAAUGCAGUUUGCAUGUUAUAUGAUGAUAAAAGUUAUAAACUAUGAAAGAGUAGAUGUUGUUUUAAUGGUUGGGUAAAUUUUGAGUUGUUGCAGUUUUGUUCUUGAUACUUUUAGUCUGUUUACGAGUCAUUUUAUAUUUUGUCCAUAUACAUUUUGUAUUUUAAAUGAAACUAAUAAAUCUGAAUAUAUAACA